AUGUGGUUGCCGACGUCGUCCGUCGAGAGCAUAACCCGGCCACGAUUGGCUGUGGCCGUGGUGUCUGCUAUAGCGGCGCUCUCAGUUGGAUACUACGCAUACCAGGUCCGAUCGCAAAGCUUCGAGUCCCUCCCUAGUGGUGGUCUACAUAGGAGUAAUGCCGUACGACGCCAACGCCGGAGCCGGAGAAACGAAGAUGGAUCAGAUUCCUCAUCAGAAGCAGCUGGCGAUGAGAAUGCCAAUAUUGAUCCCGUUCAACCUCUGGGCGAUGGGGAGACAGUAGUUGAUGGCGGGGACGAGUGGUGGAACGACCCCAGCGGCUUCCCCUCGAAUCAACGAACCGGGCAUAACAUCGUGACACUUCUCUUUCGUGUUUCUGAGGAUAAUGCGCGCAGAAACGGAUGUGUACAUAGGGGCUGCCAGUGUAAUUCAUGCGGCAUGGUUCCCAUUCGAGGUGUUCGAUAUCGCUGCGCGAACUGUGCUGAUUUUGAUCUCUGCGAAACCUGCGAAGCUCAGGGUGUACACAUCAAAACUCAUAUCUUCUACAAAAUUCGAAUUCCGGCGCCACCGUUUGGUCCUAGGCAGAUGCAGUCGGUGUGGUACACCGGAGACCCAGAUACUUGCAGACGAACACUGCCCCGUAGCCUAAUCCCCAAACUCUCGCAGGACACGGGUUUUGAACGGCCCGAGUUGGAGGCAUUCUGGGAGCAGUGGACAUUCAUGGCCAAUUCCGAAUGGAGAGAUGACCCUGACGAGCUUUGUGUUGCCAUGGAUCGCAAGACCUUUGAGCGAUGUCUUGUUCCUACAGGAGGCUCCCGGCAUGCAGCACCAAAUCUUAUUCAUGACCGAAUGUUCUCCUUUUACGACUCUAACAAUGACGACCUGAUUGGCUUUACUGAAUUUCUUCACGGAUUAUCCUACAGAAAACGAAAGGACAAGCUUCGAAAGAUCUUCUCUGGCUACGACCUAGAUGGCGAUGGAUAUGUCGACCGCAAAGACUUUUUGCGCAUGUUCCGCGCGUACUAUGUUUUAUAUAAGCAAAUGCACAAGGACAUCCUGGACGGCCUACAAGAUCAAUUACUCGCUAGUAGCGAAGCUCAACAACUUGUCACCAGUCGGCAGCCCCUCAGCAGCCUUUUUGGACGAGAGGGUAGAGUCCCGCCUGGUGAAGGGCAGUUCCGGCACGAGGGCAAAACAUAUCAUCAAGACGGUAGUGUGGAUGUUGCUGCAGGACAAGAAAACGUCGUUGCUCCGGAUCGUGGAGAUACCGCUGCCCGAGGCGAUAUCUUGACAAACUUGUUCGCUUGUGAAACCGACCAUCGUUUCCGCUCUCGACGACAAUUCAUCACUAGGAAUGAUACUGAUAGCAACUGGCGAACGGUGCGCCGCUUGAGCGGAAGUGAGGCUGAUCGCACAUAUUGGGUCACACUAUUGGAGCCGCCGUCAACCCUGGAAGAGCUGCCAGGCCUUAUAAUGGAGACCCUUAACCCCGAGAUCGAAGAGCCCUCAGAUGAUGAAGACGAUGACGGCGAAAGAGUUACGGGCGGUAUCAACGGAACUCGCGAAGGAGAGAACGAGACUGCAGGCCCUUCGAGAACGGAAAGCGAGGUUAGGGCAGAGACUAUUGCGAAGGAUCGAAGCCGAGGCCCUCGACUGGACAAGCGCAAGAGAGAUAUGGCACGAAAGCAACUACAUGAGCGAUGGCGAAGGCGCCAAUUUUAUCUCGACGAAGAAGAAGGCGGCUUUGCCCCAGAUGACUGGGCUCACAGUGAAGAUAUUCUAAUGGACCUCCGUGAGAUGGAUGAAGCCUCGAGUGAUGACGAAGAAGAUGAUUCUACGGUACCCAACGGCUCAAAGGUCCGGUUCGUCAACGGGGAUGGUACUGAAGAUGAGGAUCAUGACAAGACAACGUCUCCCAGUAGUGCCUCUGAACAUACUCCACGAUGGAGAAUACCCUCUGCUGAGCGUGAUGCUGGUAAGGAGAUUCUUUACCAGGUCACCCAGCAAGCCUUCAACGAAUUGCUCGACACCAUCUUCAAACCAGCAGAGGAACUUGCGGUAGAAGCCGCUGAAACCAAACAGCAACGCGAAAAAUACAAGGACGUGUUGGAUACCAUCGAAAUCGGCGAUGACGACAAUUCCAAACCUGCAGAGGAGCGUGAUUCAAAGGUCAGAUCUUCUACGGAUAAGACCCUUGAGGAGCUGCUAUCUGAGACUGGAUAUUCCAUCGCCUUGCCUGAAGGCAGCAAUGGGGUGGAAAUAGAAACCACAGUUGAGAUCAUACACGAAGAUGGACCAGCGGAAUCAGCUACUCAGUCGCAGACCGAGGCAGCGCUGCCCACCUCCCAAAUUGAAGAUUCUACCCUUCCUCAGUUCCGGCCCGACACACCGGACGACGAGGUUACUCAUUCAUCCCGUGUAUCCUAUCCUAUUACACAGCCCUUAUACGACAUUACUGAGGGCGGGUCGAAGGACGAGGAAGACGAGGACGAGGACGCAGACGGCGCCCCCACAUCUGAUACGCUGCGCCAAUGGAAGCAACUUGACAUUGCUGAAGCGCAGGCGAUCAAGAGAGGUGGCUGGGGUAAGCUGAGCUUUGAAGAAUUCGAGGCUAUCUACAAGAGCCAGGAGCACCAGGGUAACAGACUGGACUACCUGGGAAGCUGGAUAGACUUCUGUAUACCAUAA